AUGGCUUCCAUUUCCUUCGAUCCCAGAAUUAACAGUCAAAUGAGCAAGAACUCUCAUGGAGCAAUCAUUGAAGAAAUUGAAGGACUCAUCAGAGUUUACAAAGAUGGACACGUCGAAAGGCCUCCUAUCAUUCCUAAUGUUCCUUGCAAUGUGGCGCCAACAAACGAUGUGUCAGCAAAAGAUGUCGUUAUCGAUAAGUUCACUAACUUGUGGGCACGCAUUUACGUCACAAACCGCUCAGGCAUGCUGCCUUUGCUUCUUUACUUCCAUGGAGGUGGAUUUUGUGUUGGUUCGGCUGCUUGGAGCUGUUACCAUGAGUUCUUGGCCAAUCUUGCUUCUAAAGCAGGCUGCAUCGUUGUAUCCGUAAACUACCGACUAGCCCCAGAAAAUCGUCUCCCUGCUGCUUAUGAUGACGGCAUCAGCACCUUCAUGUGGGUAAAACAGCAGGCUCUAAAUGGUUCUCCUGAGCAUAAAUGGUGGUUAAGUCGGUGCAAUUUCUCUAGCUUAUUCCUAGCUGGUGACAGUGCUGGUGCGAACAUAGCUUACAAUGUGGCCACAAGGCUGGGAUCCAGCUGCAAUCCUGAGUCCAUGACAAAGCCUUUGUGCCUCAAGGGUAUCAUCUUGAUCCAACCUUUCUUCGGAGGAGAGGCGCGAACAUUGUCCGAGAAAAAUAUGACCCAACCAGCUAACUCAGCACUGACUCUAUCGGCUUCAGACUCAUAUUGGCGGUUAUCACUGCCUUCAGGAUCUAGCCGUGAUCAUCCAUACUGCAACCCUUUAGCAAAUGGAGCAAGCAAGUUGCGGGAUCUACGACUUCCAGCGAUACUGGUUGGCAUAUCCGAGUUGGAUAUACUUAAAGACAGAAACUCAGAAUUUUGUUCUGCCUUGGCUAGUGCUGGUAAGAGAGUGGAAACAGUGAUGUACAAAGGAGUUGGCCAUGCAUUUCAAGUUCUACAUAAUUCUCAUCUAUCUCAAAUCCGCAUUCCAGAAAUGGUGUCCCAUGUCAAGGCUUUCAUCAACCACUGA